AUGCGCCAAAGAAAGGCCGCGCGGCGAUUGUGGCCAGUCUUCGUGGCGUUCUCUCUCGCCCUGAUCGUCUACGGUCUUUUCUGCCCACAGGAUAGGCUUCGGGUUCCCCUGAUAGGACGCCCGACCGCAUCCUUUUUUGACCAGCAAACGAAGACUAGCCCUCCGUCUGCGGCGGCAUCUGACUUCAACAACCUCCGCCUGACUGAGGAACAAUGCCAAACGACAUUUCCUGGCCUGACGAAAGAGAUAGACCUGGCCGCGGCAGAGGGCGGGUUCCGGCUCGGAAUCGGCGAUGCGUCCGUAUCGCUGCUGGGGCAAAUUAAGGACAAUAGGAUACUUGUACUACAAGCUCCAAGAACGGUAGACAUGUCGGAUCAGUGGAUCGAGCGACAAAGCGCCGCCCUCCAUCAGCUACACCGAGCUGUCCUUACCUCACCAACUGCCCUACCAGACACCCACUUCAACCUCUACAUCCAAGACACCCCCAUUCCUCACACGUGGUCCCACAGCCGUCCGACACGGCGUUCAUCGUCGCCCCCGAGACACAUCUUCCCCAUCCCUCACUUCUCCUUCUGGGCAUGGACCCAGCCCUUCAUCCGCUCCCUCCCUCAUGCGGCCUCUGCCAUCGCCGACAUCGAGUCCAGCCUGCCAUUUGACGAAAAGGACGCCCGCGCAGUCUGGCGCGGCACGCCGUGGUUCAACAACGGCGCGAGCGCAAACCCCCGGUCUCGACAGGAGCUUCUCAGGACCGCGAAGAACACAACGUGGGCAGAUGUGCAGGCGUUGGAGUGGACGAACAAUGGGGAGAAUGCGACCAACGCGCUCAUGAUUGAGGAAUUUUGUAGGCACAAGUACAUAAUUCAUACCGAGGGCGUGUCGUAUUCGGGUCGUCUGCAGUUUCAUCAGCUUUGCGAGAGCGUCGUGUUGAGCCCGCCUGUGGAAUGGAUGCAGCAUACGACGCACCUCGUUCAGCCGGUGUACUCGAGCACUCUGCUGCUGGGUCCUUCCGAUAUCAGGUCCGGGUCCGGGGAGGUGUCAGCGAAGAAAGGCAGUGUUGCCGCCGCCCCCUCGGCGAAGCAGCGGGACAAGCAGCAUCAUCCUUUGCCGAGGGCACGAGAGCAGUGGCCGGCAACGGUCCGCCCGGACGAGGCGAACAUGGUCUUUCUCAAGCCGGACUGGUCGGACCUCGAGGCGACGGUCGGCUGGCUGGAGGACCACCCCGAGGUUGCGCGCGGCAUCGCUCGACGGCAGCGGGCGCUGUUCUCUGGUCGGGGGUAUCUGAGCCCCGCGGCGGAGGUUUGUUACUGGAGGGCACUCGUGAGGGGCUGGAGUCGGGUUGUGCGCGUCGAUGAUGCCAUGAUCCAAAAGAGUGCCGACGCGGUGAGCUUUGAGGAGUUUAUUGUGCGGUCUGAAAAGGUUCAGAGGGGUCACUGA